AUGAACACCCGCGUGGAUGACCAGUACAAGUCAUUCUUGGACAAUUGGGACAGAGGCUUUGUGGAUACAGAGGAGGAGCCGGAGGGCUACUGGAUGGAGGCAGAAUUCGGCCAAAUUCCCAUGGACCUGCAUGGCACGCUGUUCAGGAAUGGCCCCGGGAAGUUCCAGAUUGGCUCCGACAAGGUGGGUCACCCCUAUGAUGGGGACGGGCUGGUCCUGGCAAUCUCCUUCAACAACGGAUCGGCCUUCUUCCGGUCACGCUUUGUGCGGACGGCAGAGUACCUCGCGGAGAGCAAGGAGCAGCGCAUCAUGUUCAGGGGAACAUUUGGCACGCAGCGGCCGGGCGGCCCUGCGCAGAACGCCUUGGAUGUGGUGGUGAAGAACACCAGCAACACUAACGUUGUUUGCUGGGGCGGGCGGCUGUGGACGCUCUUCGAGGCGGGCCAGCCGUACCGUCUGGACCCGAGCAGCUUGGAGACUGAGGGGCUGGAGACGCUGGAUGGCCAGCUGCGUGCUGGGCUGCCUUUUGACAUGGGAUCCGCCGGUGCAAAUGAGGCCUUUGGCUCCAUGAUCAGCGGCACGCAGCAGCGGCUGGGCAAUGGCCCUUAUAUGCCACGCGAGCUGCUUGCAGCAGAGUUUGAGGUUGCGGCAAAGACGUCGUUUGAGCUGGACGGCUUCGCCUUCCUUCACGACUUUGCAAUCACAAAGAACUUCUUUGUUGUUUUCCAGAAUCCAGUGACAGGCAGGUCAUGGUUGCUGAGGCCUCUCCUGGGCUCCUGCUUUGCCAAAUGCCGCAAUGCCCACCCUGCAGUCGACAACGUGCCAUAUGUGCUGGGCAAGGCCCCUGCGGCGGCCUGUGUGCGCUGGGUUGCCGGCAAGCCUACCCUGCUGCAUCUCAUACCCCGGCCUGGCAGGACGGAUGCGCAGGGCCUCCCGCUGCAGCCACGCACCUUCACCGCGCCAUCACUGUUUGUGUUCCAUCAUGCCAAUGCUUACGAGUCUGAGGACGGCCAGCGCAUUGUCGUCGACUCCAUCCAUUACGAAAGCCUGCCCGCGGUGGGCCGCGAGGCACUGGCGGAACAGCAGAUCGACCCCGAUGUGGCAUUCCGCAGCCGGCUGCGCCGCGUGGAGAUUGACCUGCGCACCGGCAUGCUGCAAAUCCGCAAGCAGUUUGACCAGUACCUGGAGAUGUGUUCCAUCAACGAGGCCCGCUCGGGCCGUCAGCACCGCUUCGUGUUUGGCUACAACAGCGUGUUUCAGCCUGACAACGACGUGCAGAUUGGCAUAGCAAAGGUGGACACGGUUACGGGCACGGCGGCCCUGUGGCGGCCCGGCUACCAGAAGUUUGCUCUGGAACCCAAGUUUGUAGGGCGGCCGGGGGCAACUAAGGAAGAUGACGGCUGGCUGCUGACAGUCAUGUUUGACAGCGGCACGCAAGAUUGCCACCUGGUCAUCCUCGACGCUCAGCAUCUGGAGGCAGGCCCGGUGGCUUCCCUCAAGUUCAGGGAUCCCGUUCCCAGCGGCCUGCACGGCUGCUGGAGCAGCACAUACUACGGGCCUGAUGCAGCGCCAGCGCAGUGA